AUGACCGUGCAGAGUAUGCGGAGAAGACCUCUGAACACUGGCAGCAUCAGUUUGAAGAAGGCUACCGAGGGUGCCACGAAGUCCACGCUGGGUUGCGGAACCAAGACAGAUGGCUACGAGGUGCAAGUGGAAGACUUGCAGAGAGCACUGGCGGCGAAGGGUGUGGAGGUCGAGCGGCAGCAGCUGGAGAUCCAAAGGCUUCAAGAAGCCUUCCAGGCCACCGCUGAUAUGCAACUUUGGCACCGGCACGGGCAUCAGCUUCAGUUGAGGCAGCUCAUGGGCACCACCAGUGCUCAGCUGGCGCGCUGCGGCGAGCUCGAGCGGCUCCUGGCCCUGGAGCGCUCCGAGCACCAGCGGCUCAAGGCACAGGUCGCUGAGGCGCAGGUCACCGCUGCCGCGGCGGAGGCAGAGCAGCAGAGCGCGCUGAAGAGUGCCGCCGAUGCGGAGCGCUAUGCUCGGGAUGCACGGGCCAACGUUCAGCAGAAGGUGGAUGAAGCCUUAGUGGCCGUGAGGAAGCAGAUGAAAGAUGAGCUGGAGAUACAGAGGAAAGCUUGGCAGCACGAGCUGGCCAAUGCACUGCCCUUGAAACUGGCCCGCGAGGUGCUCAGUGCCUAUGCUGAGUUGUGGCGCUGCGGCUGCGCGGUCACUGUGGGCACUCAUGCGCUGCGCGCCGAGCGGGCACUAAGGCGACUCUUCGACUUGGACGUUUUCACCACCGUCAUACCACCCCGGGACGAACUGCUGCAGGAGCCCUUGCGCCGGGCCAUGGGGCAUGAGGCCGCCAAGCACAUGGGCGAGACAUUGGUGGCUGAGCUGGAGCAUUGCCAUGCGAGCGGGCCAUCCAGCACGAGUGAUCAUGAUGGCUGGGCCGUGAGGCCCUGGCGGGUUGAAGCCAUGGUGGCAGCGCACCGGUGA